UUAUAAGACGCGCUGCUGGAGCAACUACCGACGAGGCCGGUGGCGUCCUCGAAAAGGCGCGGUUGAGGCGAUGUGCAGCUCUGUGCCUCGAGCACAACAACAUUUAUGUGUGAAAGUGGCGAGCACCCGCCAGGACGACUGAAGCACUCGCGCCGAUUGUCUCAGACACGACGUGUGAAUGUUGGAUACAGAGAGUAGACACAGCAGUGUGCUGGAUCAGGGACCAUCUCGGGACCCUUGGCUCACAACCAUGGACUGGACACUGGGCACGGACCAGUCGCUCCAGGACAUGCUGGAUUGCGACAUCAAAAGCGAAAUCGAUAGCGUCAUCGGUGGGCAUCCCGAACUUGGCUUCAACUUCACCGAGCUAUCCCCAUUGGAGCUCGAUGACGAUCCCGUCGGCUGCCAUAGCGAUCUCAAUGGCUGGUUUGGUUCUCAAAGCCUAUUAAAUGGCAACAGCAACAGUUCCAACAGUAACUUCAAUCUGGAUCUCAGCGGCUAUGAUGCCGCUUCCAUAAUGGUGAAUCCAAACUCGGUGAUGCCACACAUGUCGGUGCGCAAUGCAGCAGCGACAAACAACAAUGGCCUCAGCAGUACCACGAAUACGACAGCGAACAGCAAGCGAUACUUUGCCUUCUCGCCCAAGCUCGAUCCUAAAGAGGAGAGGACCGAGGUGUCGGAGCUCCCCGAACGGAACGGCACCGUGGAGCUCGAGGAGACCGAAGUCGAGGCGGAAGCGGAGCUCGAGUCCGACCCGGAGAGGGAUUACGAGAACGAGCUGUCGGACUCGGAGGAAGAGGAAGAGGAGUCCGAGGACGAGGAGCACGAGUCUCAGUUAAACGGUUCCAGUCUUAAACUGAGUCUGCCCCAACACAAGUCCAAAGCUACGCUGCUCCUACCAGCCAGCACGAUCAAGACUAUCUCACCACAGUUUAUCAAACAACAGCAACAAACGCUUAAAGUCAACGGCAUAACCGGCAUUCGGCUGCAAAAUCUUAAAAUCCUCCAGAGCCCAGGACAGGUACAACAGUUGCGCCGACAAAUCUACGGGAACGGUGUCCAGGCGCACGUUGUCACGCAACAGCAGCAUCAUCAGCAGCAGCUCCUCCAGCAGAGUUCGCAGCUGACGCAGAUUGCGGCUUCGCAGGCGAGUUCCGGGUGUCCCAAGAGGGAUAAAGAUCUCGAUCCACUCAGACUCGACUACGACGAUAAACCGUAUCCCAAGCCGGCUUACUCGUACUCCUGCCUCAUCGCCAUGGCGCUCAAAAACAGUCAAACGGGAUCUCUGCCGGUAUCCGAGAUCUACAAUUUCAUGUGCGAGCACUUUCCAUACUUCAAGACGGCUCCAAACGGCUGGAAGAACUCCGUAAGGCACAACCUCUCGCUCAACAAGUGUUUUGAGAAAAUCGAGAAGCCGGCGGGCAACGGCAACCAGCGUAAGGGCUGCCUCUGGGCCAUCAACCCUGCCAAGAUCGCCAAGAUGGACGAGGAGGUACAAAAGUGGUCGCGAAAGGAUCCCCUCGCCAUCAAGAAGGCCAUGAUCUAUCCGGAGCAGCUGGAGCUCCUGGAACGCGGUGAAAUGAAGUACGUGGGGAGCAGCAACGGCGACCUUUCCGAGGAAACGGAGAGCUCGGGCGACGAGGCCGAGGGCCCGGAGGAGGUGGCACGUAGCCUCGGACACGGGCACCUUGCGGCCAACUCGGUCACCGACAGUUACGACGAGAGUAGUCAGGACUGCGAUGUCGACGCCACCGAGCAGCUCUACGACGAGAUCGACAUCGACGACAACAAAGAGGCCCUGCACAUGCAGCUCAAUAUCUCCAAGCAGGAGAGCAGCCUCGAUUAUCAGUUGAGCCCGAGUAACAAGCGACAGAAGACCCUCACGGGCACACUCCAGGCCAACUACGUCUAUCAACCGGUAACGACUGCCCGGAGGAAAACGGCACCCCUCUUCCUUACGACGGGAGCCGCCGCAGGCUCCUUCCUCAAAAUUGAAUGAGCGCAGCCAGCGAUUUUCUUUCUUUCGACCUUUAUACCCUUUCACUAUCCUCUUACCGUCAUCCUAUCUUCCGACAAGGCUUCUAACCCGAAACUUCAUCCUCACUUCGACUCUCAUUUUCUUUCGUGCAUUGUACAGUUAUUUCUUACCCAUACCAAUUAUAUACAUUCUGUUGUAAGUCGCAAUUUCAUUACAUUAUCAUUGCGCACUCGCUCAUUUUCUUGGAAAGCUAAUGUGCUACCAAAGCUGAUGCAUACAAAAUAAAACGUGUCAACGUGGCAACGGUCUCGUAGAGAUUACCUCGAAUGCGAAAUGUACUUUCACCCUUUUCUCUUCUCUCACCUUCUCUUUUAUCAUUGGUCUGAUCUCAUACACGUACACAUGCACGCGGGCACACGUCCAAAACCCACACCUCAACCCGACAAAGGGAUAAAGAGAGUGAGUCUGUGUUUUGGUGUGCGUGCUUGCUUGCAUGCGUGGGUGUGUGCGAAGGCAACCGUAAGUGUAUGUGAAUUCAGUUAUCGCUUUAAUUUCAAUAUACAAUGAGGAGUAGUACAUUUCACAUUUAAUGAUUAUACUCUUGAGAUUGACUGUCGCGUAUGAAACAUUCCGUAUGAUUUGUAACACAAAUAUUAAUUUGACAAGUGGUCCGCUUUAUUUUCAUUUCAUUAUUGUAUAAAUUCUCC